CUGGGGCGGCAGCCAAUGAGAGCUGAGGAACCGCGGGACACGUGGGUAGAGGAGCGGGGCUCAGGGGCAGAGAAGCGCUCAAGCCGGGAGGUGAGUCACCUUGAGCGGAGCUACCGACGGCUGCGGCGGGCCGGGCUUUUGGGGAGCAGGGCAGCAGGAAGGAGCGCGGGGCACAGCAUACAGAGCAGAAUGCAGACCACGGGGGCUCUCCUCAUUUCUCCAGCCCUGAUCCGCUGCUGUACCAGGGGUCUGGUCAGGCCUUUAUCUGCAUCUGUCCUGAAUAGGUCAGAGAUCCGUUGUUUUGAACAGCCUACUUCUAGCAGUACCCCGCUUCAGGUGGCCCGUCGGGAGUUCCAGACCAGCGCCGUUUCCCGAGAUAUUGACACAGCUGCCAAGUUCAUUGGGGCUGGGGCUGCCACUGUUGGUGUGGCUGGCUCAGGGGCAGGAAUCGGGACAGUGUUUGGCAGUUUAAUCAUCGGCUAUGCCAGGAACCCAUCUCUCAAGCAGCAGCUCUUCUCCUACGCCAUCCUGGGCUUUGCCCUAUCUGAAGCUAUGGGGCUCUUCUGUUUGAUGGUAGCCUUCCUCAUCCUCUUCGCCAUGUGAGGCUCUGUGGAGGGUCACCUGUCUCCAUCCUGCUGCUUUGACUCCAGCCCCAAGCCCUUUACUGGAGUGUUCCGAGCUUUAACAUUAAACACCAUGUUUCUCUAAA